UGCCUAGGGCAUCAAGCAUUGCAUUGGAAGACACGACACAUGGUCUGGAAAUUUCCUCAAACACACGACAAGCAUCAGAAACCUUGCAAAGUCGAGCAUACAACACAACCAAUGACGUCUGUAUAAAUAGAUCAUGCGAUAACCCGCGCUUGAUGACAUGGGUGUGAAGGGGUGUGCCUAUCAUGAAAGCUAAAGAGGGUGAGCAAGAGGCAGCUUUCUUUAUGAUAGAAGGGAAGGUGAGGUUGUUAGGUGGAGCCUGAUGGGCAAGCAUGUGGGUGAAGAUUAAGAGAGUCUUGUGAGGCUCCACAAAGUUGAGAUAGCCUCUGAUCAAGGAGUUGUAGAGAAGGGUUGCCAUCCAUUUCAGAUUUGAAGCAUUUGAACAGGGGAGGAGGUGACCAUUGGUGAUUAGGAGGGAAUGGACUUGUUUGAUUUGUUUGGGGUGUUUGAUUAAACCUUGGAGGAGUCGUAAUAGGAACUCAGGCGACUGUGAGUAUGAGCGUUGAAGCCUCACAGUCAUCGCAUCGUUACAAUUCACAGAUCCUGAUCAUGACAUGACCAUGUAGAAAGCGGAGCUUCUUUCCGGCAUUUUAUCGAGCAUCUUACAGUAAACAACGAAUUUGUGGCUUCUCCGUGAAUUUCUGAGGAAUCUUCUGUUCAAGAUUCGAUAACUAAAUUAAAAAAAAAAAUGUAGAAAACGGAGUAACAUCUAGGGUUUCCUGAAGAUGAUCUCCAUGGCUUCGCCUUCUUUGAGGCAUGGCCUUUGGAGGACGAGGACGACUAUGGGCGCCAAAAAGGAAAAAAUUGGAUUCACCAAACAGGUAAAACGUUGUCGUUUUGAACGAUCAACAAGAUUACUCAAAACGGCGUCGCAUUGAAAUGGCCCCGUCCUGUGGAAUAUUGUUAAAAAUACACCGAACGCCAUUGACCGAGUAUGCACUGUAUAAGAAUGCUAGCUAUCAUCCCAUGUUCUAGAAGCCUCACCAAAACCCUCCUCAAGCCUCUUGUGCGGACGCUCUCUAUCUCGCCCUCUCGCCUGCAAGUUCGUUCAAUGGCGGAAUCUGCUUCUUCGCCCUUCAAGAAAAUUCAGAUCCAGAGAGACGAUACUACAUUUGACGCAUAUGUGGUUGGCAAAGAAGAUGCUCCUGGGAUUGUUGUGGUUCAGGAGUGGUGGGGUGUGGAUUAUGAGGUCAAGAACCAUGCUUUGAAAAUUUCACAAUUGGAUCCUGGUUUUAAAGCACUUAUCCCAGAUUUGUAUAGAGGAAAGGUUGGGUUAGAUGUUGCAGAAGCACAACAUUUGAUGGAUGGUCUUGACUGGCAAGGUGCUGUGAAGGACAUUUGUGCUUCAGUUAACUGGCUCAAGGCAAAUGGCUCGCAAAAGGUUGGUGUAACAGGAUAUUGCAUGGGUGGUGCUCUCUCUAUUGCUAGUUCUGUCCUGCUUCCCGAGGUUGAUGCUGUUGUUGCAUUCUAUGGAGUUCCCUCAUCAGAAUUGGCAGAUCCUGCCAAAGCUAAGGCUCCUGUGCAGGCCCACUUUGGGGAGCUUGAUAGUUUUGUUGGCUUCUCAGAUGUGACGGCUGCUAAAGCAUUGGAGGAAAAGCUGAAAGCAUCAGGGGUUCCAUAUGAGGUACACAUUUAUCCAGGCAAUGGUCAUGCUUUCAUGAACAGGUCUCCUGAAGGUAUACAGCGGAGGAAGGGUAUGGGAAUGCCAGAUGAAGAUGAAGAUGCAGUUGGGCUCGCAUGGUCUCGUUUCCGUGCAUGGAUGAGUUGCUACUUAUCUCCUUAAGCAGCGCAUUUAAUUUUACAUUGCCAUCCAUCAUAUACUACUUGCUUGCUGCCUUAAUAUAGUAGUCUGAUACCAUGGACAUAUGGAUUGUGUUUGGAUGCUUUUGUGACUCUUGGGUUGUGUUUGGAUGCAACUUUGAAGAUUGGAUCUUGUUCUUGGUCUUGAGAUGCCUAUACUGAAUAAAGUAUAAUUUUGAGUUCCA